AUGUCUGUGAUCGGUAAGAUCGUGCCCAGCAUAUCAAGCUUGAAUUUCGGUCGAAUUAACGCUGCGCUAAGCAAUGCUAAGCGUAGAACAUAUUUCACAUAUACUCAGGAGUUGUCGCAGCCUCUGAAUAGGAGUCCUGAGGUUCUAACCGCAAACCAGGCCCUGGAGAAAUGUUUAAAAUCUGAUUCGACAGUGUUCAUUCAAGGAGCGGCUGCCACGCCGGUGCCACUUAUAAAUGCGAUGACCGAAGCUGGCAAGGCAGGCAACAUGAAAAACAUCAGAGUUGUCCAUAUGCAUACUGAAAAAGAUGCUCCUUAUGUUGCACCGGAGUGCAAGGAUAUUUUUAGGUCGUGUUCCCUGUUCAUGGCUGCAAACGUUCGACAAGCAGUCGCCGAAGGCCGAUCAGAUGCGAUACCCAUCUUCCUGCAAGACAUCCCUAAAUUGUUCCACAGACAGAUCAUCGAGCCUGAUGUAGCUCUCAUCACGGUUUCUCCCCCCGACAAUCACGGGUACUGCAGCUUGGGCACGUCCGUGGACUGUGUUAGGUCCGCGCUUCACAACUCUAAAAUUAUUAUUGCUCAAAUUAACAGCCAAAUGCCACGUACAUUCGGCGAUUCAAUUAUCCACAUUUCGCAUGUUGAUUAUGCUGUGAAGUUAGACACGCCUCUACCCGAACACGCAGCAAAAGCCCCAACUCCUCAAGAGGCGAAGAUUGGUGAACUGAUCGGACAGAAUUUGGUUGAAGAUGGCGCCACCUUACAGAUGGGUAUCGGCAGCAUCCCAGACGCUGUACUGGCAGCUCUGAAGAAUCACAAGGAUCUGGGUAUUCAUUCGGAGAUGUUCAGUAUCGGAGUCAUCGAUUUAGUCAAACGCGGAUGUGUAACCAACAAUAAGAAGAAGCACCACAAAGGCCGCAUCGUGGGCAGUUUUCUUGUGGGCAACAGGGCUUUAUACGACUACGUGGACAACAACCCCUUUAUAGAAAUGUUGGAGAUCGACUACGUAAACAACACACACGUAGUUUCCCUCCAGCCCUGCAUGACCGCCAUCAACUCUUGCAUAGAGGUGGACCUCACUGGACAAGUCUGUGCCGACUCUAUCGGUACGCGUAUGUACUCGGGCUUCGGCGGGCAGGUGGACUUCAUCCGCGGCGCGGCCGAGGGAGUGGACGGGCGCGGCAAGCCCAUCAUUGCUCUGCCUUCCGCCACCAAGAAGGGAGCUAGCAAGAUCGUGCCCACGCUUAAAGCUGGCGCGGGCGUGGUGACGACGCGCGCGCACGUGCACUACGUGGUGACGGAGCAGGGCGUGGCCUACCUGUUCGGCAAGACGCUGCGCCAGCGCGCCUACGAGCUCAUCAAGGUGGCGCACCCCGACCACCGCGAGGAGCUGGAGAAGGCCGCCUUCGAGCGCCUCAAGUGCAUGCCCGCGCCUUAG